AUGAGUGCUCGGCAGCGCCUGAGUGCGGACCCUGCGGAGAUGCUGGCAAAGAUGUUUGUGGGGUGGUAUAGCAAGCAUAAGGUGCAUUUCAAGGAGGUCCAAAACUUUGAGCCAGCGGUUUGGGCCUUCAAGGAUGGUUGGGUUGUACACAAGAUGUUCACCCUGCUGCGCCCGAAAGUCAUGCGAACGGAACAACCCCGAGCAGACCCUGGUCCUCAGCCUCUCGAAGCAGGUGCCGAGGUUGAAGAUGAUGAUCAGGAUGAGCCAUUGGCCCCAAUGGAAUAUCCUGAUGAGCUGGUUGAGGGGGAGGCUUCACCCAAUGCUGUGGACAGGGAGGCUUUGUUCCAGGCUAUGGAAGGGGAGGCAUCCCAGGCUAUGGAAGGGGAGGCUUCAUCCGAGGCUAUGGAAGGGGAGGCUUCAUCCGAGGCUAUGCAAGGGGAAGCACGUGAGGCUGUGGAUCGGCAAAGUUUGAGCAGGGAGCAGAAGCUUCGGAUAGACAGUGCUGCCGCAGGUUAUCGUCUUGCUCAUACUACUUCAGAGGCUUGGGGAGAUGAGCAUAUGCCCAAAACCCCUCCGGAUGUUUCUGAAAGUGAGGAGCCUUUGGCCGAGCCAAGCCUGCUAACUCAGAAAACCUUUUUGGAUGAGACCCCACAUGAUGAAUCCUCCCCUGUAUGUGUGGUGGACUCCAGCCCUGAUGAAGCCUCAACGUCAUCAAGGCCCUCUGCGCUUUCCCGCAUUGGUUCCUUUAUGCCGAGGAACCCCGAUCAGGAGGAAACCCAGGUGCCAGAGGCAGAGCCGAGCCUGGAGAACCUCAUUGAACAGAUGGCUCCGUCUCCACCUCGCGAGAGUUGCAUGGAGCUGGGUUCAAAGGUUUCCGAGGAAGACGAGCCAAAGGCAAAGAAAGCCAAAGCAGCUCAGAAGAGCAUCGCAGCAGAUGCCAAGGAAACUGCUGAAGCAGCGGCCAAGGCAAAGGGUGGACCCAAACCCAAGAACAGCGCAGGCAAUGCUAUGCAAGCCAAAGCCACCUCAUCAAAGAAAGCACCCACAUCCAAGGGCAAGACCGAUGCCCAAGCCAGAGCAGAGCCAGCCUCUGAGUCCAAAGCCGAAGCAGAUGAUCCAAAGCCCAAGGCAAAGCCAGGACCCAAGCCCAAGAGAGCCAAAGCCGAUGAUCCUGAGGAACCGGAACCUGUGUCAGAGCCAGGACCCAAGCCCAUGAACGCCAAAGCCGAUGAUCCUGAGGAACCUGUGUCAAAGCCAGGACCCAAGCCCAGAAAAGCCAAAGCCGAUGAUCCUGAGGAACCUGUCGUGGCAAAGGACAAUAAGUCUCAGGUGAAGGCUGCUAAGCCAAAGGGGAAGGCUGCCAUGAAGAAGCCAGCAGCAAAGAUGCCGGCGCCGGCCCCUGGCCCGCAUGAAAAUGAUGUGGAUUUGAACGUUGCACCCUUGGAGUCCGAGCUCCCGAAAACGUUCGCAAGACGUGCAGUGCCCACGACAGCCAGCGGAAUCAACAAGUACCGCCGCAUCGUGGGUGCAUUCAGGGACUAUGUGAUGCCAAAGUUGAAGGACGGCCAGAAGUGUGCGGCUGAGGACAGUCUUGGAUCUUAA